CGUGUCGAGCACCGCCUCUUCCGCCCUGCCGGGUGUCGCACGAGGCCGGCUUGAAGGGGAAGUGAGUCAGUGUUCACGGACCCGGCCGGCUAAGGCCCGCGCCCGCCGAGGCCCCAAGAGGCCUCGGCUCGGCGGCGGCGGCGGCGACAGCGGCCAUGGCCGGGGGGCCGGGCCCGGGGGAGCCUGUGGUUCCCGGCGCCCAGCACUUCUUGUACGAGGUGCCACCCUGGGUUAUGUGCCGCUUCUACAAAGUGAUGGACGCCCUGGAGCCCGCCGACUGGUGCCAGUUCGCGGCCUUGAUCGUGCGCGACCAGACAGAGCUGCGGCUGUGUGAGCGCUCCGAGCAGCGCACGGCCAGUGUUCUGUGGCCCUGGAUCAACCGCAACGCCCGCGUGGCUGACCUCGUUCACAUCCUUACACACCUGCAGCUGCUGCGUGCAAGGGACAUCAUCACAGCCUGGCACCCUCCUGCCCCUGUUGUGCCCCCAAGCACCGCUGCCCCAAGGCCCAGCAGCAUUUCUGCAGACUCUGAGGCCGAGGACUGGAGCCCCCGGAAAUUGCAGUCCUCUGCCUCCACCUUCCUCUCCCCAGCUUUUCCAGGCUCCCAGACCCAUUCUGAGUCAGAGCUCCUCCAGGUUCCACUCCCUGUUUCCCUCGGGCCACCACUACCAUCUUCAGUCCCUUCCUCCACCAAGCAGCCAAGCCCAGAGAGCCCAGUCUCUGGCCUCCAAAGAGUCCAUCCCUCCCCAUUUUGCUGGCCUUUCUGUGAGAUUUCCCAAGGCACCUGUAACUUCUCUGAAGAACUCCGGAUUGGAGAGGGUGGUUUUGGAUGUGUAUACAGAGCAGUCAUGAGAAAUACUACAUAUGCUGUGAAGAGACUGAAGGAGGAGGCUGACCUAGAGUGGACUGUGGUGAAACAGAGCUUCCUAACAGAGGUGGAACAGCUAUCAAGGUUUCGUCACCCAAAUAUCGUGGACUUUGCUGGCUACUGUGCAGAGAAUGGCUUCUACUGCCUUGUUUAUGGCUUCUUGCCCAAUGGCUCCUUAGAAGAUCAACUCCACCUUCAGACCCAGGCCUGCUCCCCACUUUCCUGGCCUCAACGACUGGACAUUCUUCUGGGCACAGCCCGGGCUAUUCAGUUUUUACAUCAAGACAGCCCCAGCCUUAUCCAUGGAGACAUCAAGAGUUCUAAUGUGCUUCUGGAUGAGAGACUGAUGCCCAAGCUGGGAGACUUUGGCCUGGCUCGUUUCAGCCGCUUUGCAGGGGCCAAACCAAGCCAGAGCAGUACUGUGGCCCGGACUUGCACAGUUCGAGGUACCCUCGCCUACCUGCCUGAGGAGUACAUCAAGACAGGCCGGCUGGCUGUGGACACCGAUACCUUCAGCUUUGGGGUGGUAAUACUGGAGACCCUUGCUGGUCAGAGGGCUGUGAGGACACAAGGUGCAAAGACCAAGUAUUUGAAAGACCUGAUUGAAGAUGAGGCUGAAGAGGCCAGAGUGGCCCUGAAAAGCACCCAGCCUACUCUGUGGGUGGGUGUAGCCACAGAUGCUUGGGCUGCUCCAAUUGCUGCCCAGAUUUAUAAGAAGCACCUGGACUCCAGACCUGGGCCCUGCCCACCCCAGUUGGGCCUGGGCCUGGCUCAACUAGCUUGCUGCUGCAUGCACCGUCGGGCCAAGAAGAGGCCCCCCAUGACCCAGAGGCAAAACUCCCAACAUUCCUUGCUUGUCCUUUGGCUCUGUUUGGGGAGGUGCUCUGUGGAACUAAGUGGUAAAGGGCUACUUUACUGGAUGAGGCUCAGAUCCCAGAAACAGGUAUACAAGAGACUAGAAGGGCUUCAGGCAGGGCCUCCCUGGGAGCUAGAGGUUGCCGGCCAUGGCUCCCCUUCCCCACAGGAGAACUCCUACAUGUCCACCACUGGCAGUGCCCAGAGUGGGGAUGAACCAUGGCAGCCUCUGGUAGUGACAACAAGAGCCCCAACCCAGGCUGCCCAGCAACUCCAGAGAAGUCCCAACCAGCCAGUGGAAAGUGAUGAGAGUGUUUCCGGCCUCUCUGCUACCGUGCAUUCCUGGCACUUGACUCCAGGUUCACAACCAAGCCCAGCAUCCUUCAGAGAGGCUUGUUGUACUCAGGGAGGCACUACCAGAGAAUCAAGUUUGAGGAGUAGCCCAGGCUUCCAGCCUACAACCAUGGAAGGCUCAUCUACAGUCACCUCAUCCCUGCUGUCAUCAAAACCACCACAGAUCAUCAUCAACCCAGCCCGACAGAAGAUGGUAGAAAAGCUGGCCCUUUAUGAGGAAGGAGUCUUGGAUAGCCUGCAACUGCUGUCAUCAGGCUUUUUCCCAGGCUUGGAUUUAGAACCUGAAAAGAGACAGGGACCUGAAGAAAGUGAUGAAUUCCAGAGCUGAUUUGUUCACCCAGACAAAUCCCUCAGACUCAGAUGUCAAAGUUCUCAUGGUUGGAAGUUCUCACGUGUGCAAACUCCUCAGUAGCCCAAAGGCAUCAGGUGGCAAAGGAGAGAGGGUGGUGGACCCUGCUGUUCUCAGAAUAUGAGCACAGACAGGGCCAGCUGAAGAACCUGAUAGAACCUGAUAAGGCAGACAAUGUCAGGCCAGCAUUUCUGAGCAAGGCAAGCAGAGCACCUAAGGGAUUGGGUAGUACAUAACAGAAGACUGCUAGCUACACAGGCCCAAGGAUACAAGUGGGUCUAUUUGUAUAGUGGGAGCUGGCUCCCCUGAGAGCUAGACAAGAUAUCCACAGCCUAGCUGUGAUCUAUUCCUCUGAACUUCCCUAGAACCCCAGGAGAAAGUAGCUAUUGUGCUUGUAAAUUGCAUAUGGUGUGUGUGUGUGUGUGUGUGUGUGUGUGUGUGUGUGUGUGUGUCUUUCAGUUCAGUCCACUAGCUAGAAGUGAGCACUCUGAGAUUCUCCCAAGAGUCUAGUAAAACCCUCCCCAUCUUGGGUGGAUAUAUGCAAGCCUUGCUAGAUACCAGUGAGCUAGUUUCAUAUGACUACUGCCUGCCUAGGCAGGCUGACUCUAUACCCUGCAAAUUGACUGUGGAUGCCCAUGUUGAGCUGUAGACUAAGGUUCUGCUUAUGGCAGAAAGGUUCAGCAAAGCACAGCUUUGUGGUACCCAGACAGUGAGAAGCCCCAAGAAAGCAGAAACUGAGCAAAGCUAAGUAUUUGAGGAGAGAGGAAUGUUACAUCUUAAGAAACAAGUUUUUGUGUAACCAAGUGUCUUCACAAGUAACCCAGGGUUAUAGCCCAGGCUUACAGUGAUUCUGUGUUCGAGUCAUGAGUCACACUACAUGCCCCUGUGAAAUUGGUGGCAUCCAAUUUGUCCUUGAGUAAUAAAAGCAUACAUUUCACUGUCUGGUUAAACUUGUGGAAUUUGUUGUGCUAAAAGCUUUAUGCUUUCCUAAUGCUUUAUAUCUCUGGGUUCUUAAGUGUCCAUCCGAAACUCAGGCCCCUAGCUUUUCUUUUCUCUUGUCAAGUCCAGACUGGGGGAUAGAUCCCCAAUGCUGCUCCCCUUGCUUUCAUGUCUUGUAGAUUUCAUGGAUAUUGACGCUAUUUGAUUCUGAUCUUCAUUCUGUGACCUUAAAUGCACUUUUGGGGAUGAUUACUCUGGGAUAGUUUGUAUACAAUCAUCCCAUCUGAAAAUAAAGACAAUUUUACUUCAUUACCAACCUA